UUUACAUCUGCAUCAAAGACCAAUAUAUAGGUAGGUAUGUGGCAUACCUGAGCACAGCUCAAACUGAAGUGUUCAUCUUGGAUAGCGCAACUUUGCUCCUAACACAACAAAACUCAUCAGAGUAUGGAGAGGAUGAUUAUUUUCUGUAUGCUCUUCUUCUGUUCCAGUAUGGUGCUGACUGCAGCUCCACCAAAAGCAAUGAAAUACAAACAGCUUGCAAAGACAAUUGACCAUCUAAAAGAUGUAGUGAAAGAUAAGGAUGUUGAAUUGCUGCAUACACCAGAAAACCCUGAGGAUGGAUGCCUGUUCACAGCUAUGACCUGCUUCCAGGAUGGCAUACUGAAAUUACAGCCAAAAAACAGCCAAGUAAAUGUUACAUUCACCAAAACUGUGAAGAUCUUGAGAAGACCCAUUUUGCCAGACUCUGGAGAGCAUUGUGAGUCUUCAUGUCAGUCUUACGAGAGAAAAAAGCCCCAAGAGUUUCUGAACAGCUUUUCAAAACUGAUGCAAAAGUUAUUCAAGAACUGUGGAUACACCAGAGCUGAAGGCUACUGAAAAUCUACUAUUUAAAGCAGACACUAUCUUAUUUAAGACUGUGAAAAAUGUAAAUAUUUCUCAUUGCUACUUUGCUGUGCUGUGUGUGUGGUAAGUGAAAGCUUCUCCCCAGAAUUUAAAGGAGGCUUAUUUGGAUGGCUAAGCAUAAGAAUGAUGCUGAUUUGAAAGUAAUCCUAGCCUCAUCUCACAGUGAAAUUCCAACCAGUGAAAUUCCGUGAUUUCAGAAAACAAGGCUCACUUGUGGGACUUUACUGUCACUUUACGCUGAACUAGAAAUGCAUGAGAUGGCUGCUAGUCUUUUUUUGCAUUCAUCUCAAAUGAAUCUCAUACAUAAGUGACUGAAACAUUUUAUAGAAGACAGACAAAAAGUUACCAGUAUGUUUGAAGACUCAGGUUCCUACUUGGACUGAUUUCCUUAUCUUCAACAAUAAUAC